UGUAUGCCUAUAGUACAGAGAAGUGUUUACUGUUAGAUGUUUCGCUCGCAGCAAAACCACCACGAAGAGCGUGAUAAGGACGAAAUCAAAUUCCCACAAUGCCUAGCAUGUGGAGUCAUGAUCGUAGUGAAGGAUGGGCAGCUUUGACAUCGGAUGACGAGGACAAUGAAAUGGGUCUGGACGAACUGGCGCGAUUCAUUGCCGAAAACGACACAGAUACUACCUCUGACUCUCAAGGCUGGCGAUCCAAACUCUGCUGCCAUUUCAGUAUGAUGUGUCGGUGUGCGGCUGGAUUUAAACAGAAAUUCAACACCAGGAUUUGUGGCGUUAUUGUGUCAGUGAUUUUGCUGGUGGCCACGACUGGAAUUUGUCUUGGAAUUGGAAUUACCAGUAUGAUUCCAUUGCCAGUCAUUGACAUAUCUAUAGAGGCUUUCAACAUUCCCAAUCACAUUGCAUAUAUGCGAUAUAAUUCCUUCGCCCUUGCCUUGAAGCAUAAUGUGUCGAUACCAAGACGUUCACGUAGAGAUACGUCCAGCGUGUUAUCUGGUGCUCUUGAGAGACAUAAUAUUGACACAGGAGAUACAAACUUGAACUUCAAGAGUUUCGAACCUGAAGAAACGUUACAGUACAAACCAUUUGAAGAACUAAUAAACGAAGUCGAUACCAUUGCCGCCAAAAUGGUAAAUGAAGUUGAUGAAAAGUCAAGAGUCAAAAGGAGUGCCCAUUCUGGUUGUAUAUUUGGAACCCAGGUGUAUCCUCGUUGGAAGAUGCAGGUGAUAUUCCUAGCUCAGGGGGAUGACAAUCAUAACAUGUUCACCAAGGAGAGGAUAGAGACUGUACACAAAGUGGAAAAAUUGGUUUUAGCGCAUCCUCAAUUUAGGGAUUUCUGUUUUAAGGAUUACAAACUUGGUCAGCUUGAUCCUGCUGUGUGGGCUCAGAGUAACUGUGCCCCUCUCAACUCGUUGCUGACGUACUUCUACCCCACGAAGGACAAACAUGGCAAUAUUCAUUAUGAUGGGCUGGGUAACAACCUGGAUCAAGUCGACAGUGCGCUGAAAUUAGCUAUGAAUCAGGAAACGUUUUAUUAUUAUGUGGACGAGAAAAUCAACAGUACCUAUCACCACAGCAAGCUGUUACGGACAGAGGUUGUGUUUGGAGCUCCACUUGAUGGUUACUGUAUUGGAUCAACUCGGGGAGAACAAGAAAGGAAGUUUAAGGAAUUCGUCAUCACAUAUAUCGAUAUACUGUCCAAGGCAUCCACAGAUAAGGUCCAGGUGUUGUACGGUGGAAAUGAGCUGUUCGACUACGAGGUGGACAUGACGUUGGACGACAUCAAGAUGGCAUACUUCACCCUGGGUUUCAUCAUCCUGCUGAUGUUCAUCCUCACUUCCUUCUCCGUCUGGCUCACCUUCUGGGGGAUGCUCAGCAUCAUCCUCAGCUUCCCCCUCGCCCUCUUCUUCUACAGACGCAUCUUCCACAUUGACGCACUUGGCAUCCUCAACGGAGCUGCAGCCUUCGUCAUCAUCGGGAUCGGAGUGGACGAUGUGUUUGUGUUUGUCAACAUAUUCCGGCAAGCCAGUCAUUUCAAGGUGAACUCUGAUCGGAUGUGGUACACCGUCAAGACUGCAGGAAAGGCAACGUUCUUCACAUCAGUGACAACUGCGGCAGCAUUUGCAGCGAACAUUGCAUCAUCUAUCCCGGCUGUGUACGAGUUCGGGCUGUUCAUGUCCCUGAUUGUCAGUUCCUGCUGGGCCACUGUCAUCCUCAUCAUGCCGCCAGCCCUGUAUCUCUGGGUCAUCUGCUUCUCCAAGUGUGAGAGGCUCUUCUUCACACUAUGCAGUUGUAGACUACGAAGGCGUGUGGUCAACCCCCUCGAUGCCCAGCAACUGCAGCAGGCUCCGAACCCUACCGUCCUCAACCCCGGUCUAGACGAUGAUGUGCCCAUGCUCCACAUCGACAACGCUGUUGCUCCAGCACCGGUGAACACCAUAGCUGACGAUGAUGGGGAUGUUCCCAUGUUGAUCCCCGACCCCUACAGUAUCGGCAACCAGUCGGCAGCAUCGGCGGCGGACUCCAACGACAGCUUAUACAUCGGGAAGGCGCGCUCCAAAUUCUCAUUGGAAAGUACCUGGCCAAACGGGUGUUGUCAGUAUCAUAUCGCCAAACUCUGCAUGUUGUCAAGAAAAAACAACCUGCUGAAUCAACAUGACACACCCUUGUGUAUAAUUCUUCGUAUCUCCUUCAUAUAUUAUUCUUCCUCUUCAGGAAUUUUCACAGUGAUGCUCAUUAGCUCUGUUUGUCUGAUGGUCCAGCUGCGUCCGGCGACACACCCACCACAGCUGUUCAAGCCCAACACCAACCUGCAACAGCUGCUUGACCUCAAGGCCAACUUCAGCAUGCUGGAGUCUCUCAGCUGCUACAAGUGUUCUGCUCUUUAUAAUGUGGCCAGGUUCAGUGAUUUGAGACAUACUGCUCAAUGUAAAGCCAUCCAAAGCAGUAAACCCGACAGCCCUGCCCCCAGCCCAAGCCCCUGCCCAACCCCCAGACCUCCUGCGACCAACAUGCCUAUUGGGCAUACAACACUUACACCAAGAGCUCCAAACUUUCCCCCCUCAACUAAAGGUAUAAAAUCGUCGACAACAUCAUCUAAACCAACUACUUCAACAACAACAACAUCAACAACUACUACAACAACAACGACUACUACUACACAUAGGCCAGCUUACCAUCCACACAUUCAACCUCACCAUCCUUAUAGUGACCACCCGUCGACGGUCAAGCCUGGAUCUGUAUCGGAGAACUUCAAUGCUUGUGGUGGAAACAAAUGCAAUGAUCUGAAGGAACGGCCAAACAUCCGGACAGGGACCAAGGUGUACGUGGUGUUCGGAAUUAAAGGACUGGAUAGAAGCAAUGUGCAGAAGGGCCAUGUUCUCAGUGAAUACACUGGUCGUGCCACAUUUGACAAAGGAUUCAGCCAGAAGUCAAUGACCCUCCCUGUCUUAAAGGAGCUGUGUUCCGUGUGCAAGCUGAUCGCAGCCAACACAGAGCUCGUGAAGAAAGGCAGCGCACACUGCCUUCCUCCAGUGAUACCCCAGUCCUACAUCAUGAUGCUGCAACUGGUACCUGAGUGUAAGGAUCUGCCCAAGUCGAGCUCAUUCAGCAAGUUUCAAGCCCCCAUCCAAGCUGUGGGAGGAAUGACGCCCAACAACACCCUGCUCUGGCUGGCCUUCGCAUUCGAAUCUACAACUUCCAAGGGCAUGUCGUACUUCAAGGCCUACAAGCAGUACCAGAAGUGGGAGACAUUCAUUGAUCAGAUCAAGCAGACGAAGUUGAGCCCCAACUCACCGCUCAAGGACAUGUUCCAGGCGUCAGAUUUCUGGAAGAAGGUGAUGAUGGAGGUCGUGGCUGUGAGCAGCGCCAUCUACGGCCUAGCGCUGUCGAUGCUUGUGUGCAUCAUUGCCAUAGCGAUAUUUACUGGACACCUUGGUCUGCUGUUUAUCGUGGUCAUCACAAUAACAGCCAUGAUCUGCCUGGUGGUAGCCAUCUUCUACCUAGCAGGCUGGGAGAUGGGUGCGGUGGAGGCCAUAUCAUUGUCGAUACUAGUGGGCUCGUCGGUCGACUACUGCAUUCAUCUAGUGGAAGGUUACAUCAUCGCCAUCAAACAUAUACCAGAAGCAGCGCAAAUGAAAAAUGCUGAGAGGCGAGCAUGGAGGACGAGCUUCGCACUCCGGCAUAUCGGUGUCGCCAUCAUCAGCUCUGCGAUCACCACCAUCAUUGCAGCUAUACCUCUCACACAAACCACGAUCCAGCCAUUUUCAAAGUUUGGAGACAUCGUACUCAUCAACACCACAGUGUCCAUCAUCUUCACCCUACUGCUGUGUGGAGCUUUGCUCACCACCAUUGGACCAGCCAAGUUUAAGAGUUCCAUCAAAGCUUCUGGCAUCGCCCUUGGAAUAAUGACAGUUGUGAUUGGCAUUUUGACGCUGAUUCUUUUCGUCGUUUCAAGGACAGUUGUUGAUAUACCUGGACCUGGAGGGAAUCCUUUGUUUCCACGGUAACAAAGCUUUCCCUAGACGGUUGCCUAGCAACAGGUUGUGUGACUUAUUUGAAUGCCUUUGUGUCUUUCAUGGAAGGCAUUUUUGUGACAGUGCUUUCCAACGUGUAUCUUUGUGAUUGAACCAAUUCCAUAAUUAUGUUAUUGAUGUGAUAUGGUUCCCCAAUAUUUAUUUAUCCUUUAAAUCAAUUUUAUGCCAGACCAAUUUUUAUUAUUGUUGUACAGAUGUAUAUCCAGAAAAUACAGGCAGAUGGGGGAGAAUAUAAUAAACAGCUCUUAAGAGGAUAAAAUUGACAUAUUUUUACUGUACUGUGUCUAUUGCUGUAUUUUAUUGUGCAUAAUAUGCUGGUUCUUCUUGUUCUGUAAAAAGUCUUUUGCUUCAAUUGUAAUCAUAAUUUACUGGACGUAAUUGUUUCCCGAAUUUCUGUUUUGUGUUUAUGAAAAUGUCUAAAUAACAGCUGAUCUGUAAAACAAGUACUUACGUUGGUCUGGCCUUUUAACAUGAAUGUACAGAUUUGUUUAUUUAUAAAAACAUCAUUAAGUGGUGGUUAUUGUUGAAAACAUCAACAUUAACUGGAGUUUAUUGAUGAACGCAUCAAUAUGAAUACGUGUUUGUUGAUGAAACUAUAAGAAUCAUGCUGUGUUUAUUUAUGAAAACGUCAACAUUAAGUGGUGGUUAUUAAUGAAUACAUCCACAGUAAUUAGUGUUUAUUGAUGAAAACAUCAAUAGAAAUAAGUGUUUGUU